CACAAACUCUGCUGGGGUUGGCCGCGGGCUUGCUCCUGGAACAUAAUUAUUUCACUUCGGUUUCACGCUCCUCCCAACAACAGAAGCAAACUGACUCACUACGAACUACAAGACCACAAGGAAACCACCAAGAGCUAGUGGCUGAAGGGAUAGGAACGAUAGCAGGUUAUCAACAAUAUGGCAAGCGGUGGAGGCGACGAGAGAACCAACGCCAUCCUCCUGCUUCUUCUUCAGCAGCAGCAACUUCAAGGUGGAGUGGGAUCAGUGGACCAGGAUGCGGUUACGAACAGCGUCCUCAGGCAGCUCUUACGGGAGCAGGAGGAUACGCAACAAGCCCAGCAGCUCCAGCCGCCACAGCCGCAGCAGGUAAGCUCUGGGAUCAAUAGCAAUGAGAGUCUAAAUCAGAUUAUUUCUGCACUUCAAGGGCAACAACAGCAGCAACAACCGGCACCCGAACCCCUCCGACUGCUUCAGACUAACGCCACGGUGUCUCAGCAGCAACAGCAACAACAGCAGCUCCGUAUCCAAAGCCUUCAGAGAGAACAGAACCUGGUAACCCAACAAAGACAGCAGAUCCAAAGGAAUCAGCAACAGCAGGCGGCGACUCCAGAUACCAAUGUCAACAACUUAUUGCUUCAGCUGGCCAACGUGAUCUCCAACCAGCAGCAGCAACGCCCCCAGCAAGACGACCGCAAAAUGCCAGCAGUGGCUAUUCCUCCCAUUGGCAACCUUGAGGUAUCCUCUAAUGCACCAGCGGCGCAAAGCGCAGCCUUGGCAAACUUGGGGUAUCAGACGCCCAGGCAAGGACCACCCCCCGCUAUGGCACAGAUGCCGCCCGCGCAACCGGUGCAAUCAGAUGGCCUGGCACAGUUGCUUCAGCAGUUCUUGCAGCAACAGGGCGGUCAAAGCUCUACCACUGUAGCAGCCCAAGCUCCUGUGGCCACCAUUCCCCAGCAGGUAUCGUCAUAUCCCCAACUCACCACAUCAAUGAGCAGUACUCCUGUCCAAUCAAGCACCAUUUCGGCUGGAAGCAGCUCGGCGCCAGCGCAGGGAGGAAUUCCGAACCACAGCAGUAGUGGCCCGAACCUUCAGUUGGCCCUACAGGCUUUACAUCAAGGAAGUGGCAAUACAGAACUCAUGGCAAAGGCCGCCAAUCUCAUCGCCACGCACAUGCUGCAGCAAUCUCAGCAACAGCCAGGCCAGGUAACAUCCAAUCAAAUACAGCAGGCCUUACACUACGUUGGAUCGUCAUCCGUGUCCACCGUCACGAGUCCUCCCGAAAACAGAAACCACGCGAUCAGUAGCGGGAGUUCCAAUUCCACGGGGAGUGGUGGCUGCGGCGGCCAACAGAAUCCCGCGAACAUCAGCUCUCAUCCCAUGGAAGACAUUGAGUAUCCCGGGCAGCACGAUGUCAUGUUCGGACGUGGUGGUGGCGCUUCCAAUCACAUCGGGAAUAUCAACUUUCGACUCAUGGUAGAAAAUUACAAGGAUAGAUAUGCACAGGCGUCAAAGCUCGACAAACCAAAGGUUGCCGAUGACGUCGUGAGGCAUUGGCGAGAAAAGAACCCUUCCGGACGCUUCUUAACCCUUACCGACCCCGAGGAGGGCACCAUGAGCAAGUGGCACGAUGUUGGAGACGUGCGGGCUCGAAGAAAGGUAGCUCAGGCCUUGCGUGAAAAGCAUGGUCGAUGUCGUGAAGAAUCUCAUGACGAGGAAGAACAAGGCCCCAGUACCAAGAGGCGUGGGUAAACGGCUUGGACAGGGAAGAGCAAGUCAAGUCAAGCGAUCUUACAUAUGAAUGCAUCUUCACAAAGCGUCAGGACGUUUCUCCUGGUUGCCGCCCUAUCAGAUGUGAAUCCAGACAUGAAUGGUAUAGAAUUGUUGGGGCGCUGUUCGUGUUGGUGCUACCGGUAGGCUGUAGGUGUAACGUUCCUCUCCGCCACUAGCUAGAGUACACGUUCUGCAUAGUAAUGUUUCAACUCUGCCUCUAAUAGCAGCUAGAUUGCGGAAGAGUGCGUUCACAAGCAAGCUCGGAGA